AUCUCGGGCGGGGAAUCAUAUUAUUGUGCAGUGCAAUUCUAACAUAAUGCAAUUAUGUUUAUAGCGGGAAUUGUGUAUGGUUCUAUUCAUGGACAUUCUUGGAAGAAUAUCAGUGUUUUCUCCCUCUUUCUCUCUCUUUUAAUUUCUCUCUGAGCUGAGAAUGGCUCUCCUCUCUCGUCGUCUCUACAGUGUAGGAUGGUGGGCGUGUACUGUUAACUACAACAACCCACCGCGUGAAUAUUAUCAAGGUGCUAUUAUUUUCCCUCAUCAGAAUUAUUUUCCGUCCUGGGCUUUGCGCCGUAGUAAUGCUAUGGGGCUUUCUACGUCACUAGGGAGAAACUGUGCGAAAACAAUGCUCCUCCGCCAGAAACCAUCUCCACGGGAGAGCAUUCGGGUAGAUUAGAUUUCUAUUCUACCGCACUCCCUGUCCGGCGACCUUCACAAUAGCCAGCUAAAGAGAGCGGGGGAGAAGAGGGAUACAGUAGGACUGCCACAUUGGGCUGCCGUCUCCAUCGCCUUCAGAUCACACGGGACUGGAGGGAGCCUAGUCUAGUCUGUUUGUUUUUCUAUUGAGGUCCAGACUGCAACUUUCCCCAGGGUCCUGAUGGCUGGACACGAGCGGGAGUAUAAGGACUGGUUCGAACGGGAGGAAUUUAUCGGACAGAUCAGCGAUAUCCGAGUGCAGAAUCUUCAAGUUGAAAGAGAAGUCGUUCAGAAGAGGACGUUCACACGAUGGAUGAAUCUGCAUUUGGAGAAGUGCACUCCUCCGAUGGAGGUGAAUGACCUGUUCAGAGAUAUCCAGGAUGGAAGGAUACUCAUGGCUCUGCUUGAGGAACUGUCUGGAUGCAAGCUGCUUCAUGGAUGGAAGCAGUCCUCACAUCGUAUCUUCAGACUGAACAACAUCGCUAAGGUCCUUACCUUCCUGGAGGAGAGAAAUGUGAAGCUGGUCAGUAUUGAUGCUGCAGAUGUUGCCGAUGGCAACUCUUCCAUCGUUCUUGGACUCAUCUGGAAUAUCAUCCUGUUUUUCCAGAUCAAGGAGCUGACAGGGAACAUUAAGAGUCAGUUCCCCUCGUCCUCUAGCCUCUCCUCGCUCCCCACCAGCUCAGACUCCGACACCUCCCACUCCAGCACGCCCUCCUUCGAGAGACCGCGCUCCAUCGCCAUGAGGGAUCAUGGGAAGCCCAUCAAGACGCUCCUGCAGUGGGUCCAGAGACGAACCAGGAAGUACGGUGUGGCGGUGCAGGACUUUGGGAAGAGCUGGACCAGUGGGCUGGCCUUCCUGGCUGUCAUUAAGUCUAUAGACCCCAGCCUGGUGGACAUGAGGAGAGCUCUGCUGAGGACAGCCAGGGAGAACCUAGAGGAGGCCUUCAGGACAGCCCACUACAGCCUGGGCAUACCUAGACUACUGGAUCCAGAGGACGUGACCAUCAAUCCUCCAGACGAGCAGUCCAUCAUGACCUAUGUGUCCCAGUUCCUCGAGCACUUUCCUGGGAUGGAGGAGCCCCAGGAAAAUGCAUCUGAUGUGAUACAGAGGAGUGUGUCGUCAGGCAGACUCAGCUGUCGUGUCAACGAUUCCUCCCACGACCUGAGGAACGGCGUCCACCGGAGCCGGGACAGAGAGAGGCCCUACGUGGUCCGGAGAGACUGGGUCCGGCCCCCGCCCAAAAUCUUAAUCUCCUCCGUCUCCGAGGAGCUCAAGUCUUCCACUUCCCCGGUCGCGGUGGAGCGCUCCUGGGUCAACGAGGGCUUGUCGGUUGGGUCCACCCCCAGCCCUGUCUUCACUGUCUCCACUUCCAGCUCCCCGCAGCCCUCCUUCGUCGACUCGGUCAUCGGCUCUGUGUCUUGCGACUCACCAAUCAGUGACUCUGUCAUCGGUUCACCAGACUCCUGUUGGGAGGGCCAUCCAAACGAGGCAGUGACUCCAGACAGGUUCGUGGAGAGCCGUAGCGAUGGGUCGCUAUGCGACAGCGGGCUAUCCUGGGACAUGAGCAUCCCUCCCUCUACCCCCCACGGGGUCACGCCCGACCUGGAGGAGCCGUUGCCCUCAGUUACGGGGCUGACAGGGAAACCCCAGGAUGAGGAACAGGAAGUGAUUCUGGAGCUGUUUGUUGACGAGGGAAACUACUCUCUAAACUCGUUGGUGAGCACACACGACAGAUCCAGAACACACCCAGAGAAAGAGGAGGAUGGGGGGGAGAAAGAGGAGGACGGGGGGGAGAAAGAGGAGGACGGGGGGGAGAAAGAGGAGGACGGGGGGGAGAAAGAGGAGGACGGGGGGGAGAAAGAGGAGGAGGAGUAUAACUACAUUCUGGACCUGAGUGAGGACAAGGCAGCCAAGCAGGAGCCUGAUCAAAGAGAAGGAAAUAAUAAUAAGUACAGGUCAAGUACAGGUCAGAGUAACAGCGUUAACAAGGAGCAGGGAUGGCCAUCUUCAGAGCUCUCUGACGAGCCUCAGGAAACUGACUCUGACCAGAAGGGGGAGAGUGUGUGUGAGGGUGAGAGUGUGUGUGAGGGUGAGAGAGGAGGAGCUGUGUGUUCUCCACAACGUGAGAAAAUCAGCCAAUCAAAGCAGGGCUCUGAAAUCACAAAUCAGGUGACCCCCGACCUGCAUGAAGAGCCCAAUCAACGGGACAGUGUCCCGGAGACAACAGGCAGGACAACAGAAUGUGCCAAGAAGGAAACAGCGGAACCAUCUAGAGAUUCCAGGAAGGCUGGAAACCCUGAGGAAGAGUUAGCUAAGGAACGUUCUGAUAAAGCAGAGGGUCAAAGUGAUGUGACUGACAGAGUGGAGACGGAACACAGACAGACUACUUCUCUGUCAGAGAGGGACAGAGAUGGGAAGUGGUCCCUGGAGGGGUCAGAGGAAAGGCACAAGAAGGUCACAGAAGAGUCUGAAACACAAGAGAAGAUAACAGAUUUUCAGAGCGGCCAUGUAGAGUCACAGGAGAACACUACGACACAGGUUGAUGAUGUCACAGAGUCGACGCAUCCACAACCGUAUAUGGAGAUGGACCAGAGUCGGACCAUCCUGGGGGGCCCCUCAGAACAAUGUCUGGACCCGGUGGAGCAGAGCCAUACUGGGACAACUCCUGCCUGCACAGAUGGUGGGCAGAGUUCCACACUCCUAACAGAGGCCGAUAAGGAAUCGACCCUGAGCCCAGAGAUAGAAGCGGAGGCUGGGGAUGAAGACCUGUGUGGGGCCCAUGGAGGUGGCUUGGUUGAAAGGGCUGGAAAGUGUGAGAGAGCCUCUUGUGUUGGAGAUGCUGAAGUGAAUGUAGUAGCUCCUGAGGAGAAGAGAGUCACAGAAAAGGAACAUGACUGGGUGGAUGGGUCUGGGACCACAGACAACACAGAGACAGUAGUGGAGGUCCCCCGUCAGUGCAAGCCAGUUUCCAUUAUACCCCUUGACAUGGUGUACUACCCCCACUAUGUUGAGCCUAACCCUGGAUCGGUCCUCACUGGGCUGGUUCCUCAGUCUCCUCUCUUUGACACAAACACCCAGAGCCAGGCUAUACUGCAUAGCCAGGAGGAGAGAGACUCAGAGAAGGACUCAGGGGAUCAUACUGAUGGCGGUCAUAGUGAGACAGAGGCCUCUGCUGUUGAAGAGACAAGGGACAAAAUGGCCGACACAGAACAGAGUGAAACCAAGCCUGUGAAUAUGACCCACACAGACACUGAGAGGAGGAGUGCUUUGGAGUCUGAAAGUGAACCAAUGGACUUGUUCUAUACAGACAGUGAUGCUGACGAGAGUUCUAGAUCAGCCGUUGAGGAGCCAAUGACAGUGAGCGACACUCUGGAGCCAAUGGAUCUGUUCUACCCGGAUACAGCUGAUUGUGGCCCUGUAGAGGAACCAGAGAACGACGUGGAGACCUCGCCGUGGUCCUCCUCCUUCAGCAAGUCAGUAGAGACCUGGCCCUCAACCUUCAGUGUGGCAGCUCUAAAACCAGCACCGUCCUCAGAACCAGAACCACUGCCAGAGACACACACAGACUCACACACACACAACACGCUGUAUCAAGAGGAACUCCGUGAGGUGUCAACCACACAGGAGCAGGAUAAGGAGAUUGAGGUGAGAGGGGGCUCUGGUGGAUCAGACCCCCAGGAACUGUGCUCCAUGCUGGGUGAGCAGACGGAGGGAGACGGGGCUGUGGUGGAGGUGGAGACCCACCAUGGGCCUGCUGAGAGCAGUGAUCUCACCAUGACUGACAAGGAGAGGCCUGGCUCUGCUGCUGCUGCUGCCAGAGAAAGCAACGAGACCGUGAGAAGGAACACUGACAGUGAUGGAACCCUAGAUGAUCAGUGUUCUAUGUGUUUUACUCCUCUCCACAAGAGGAAGAACAAUGGCUCCAAUGAGAAGGACAAUCAGAAAGGUUUGGCAUCCAGCCGAACUCGCUGUACCAAGUUUGACACCAGCUGGAGGGAGAUACGGAUUCCAACAUCAUUGACAGAGUACUACGUUCUCCUGCUGCUGUGGCUGGUCCUCUACUGUCUGUUGGUUUUGCCACAGAUCCACUACAGAGACCUGCCACGUCUUCUGCUCAACCUGGACGAAUGAACACACACACACACACACACACACACACACACACACACACACACACACACACACACACACACACACACACACACACACACACACACACACACACACACACACACACACUGCCAUACACGUACAUACUGAUACACACGUCAUGUACAUGUCACACACACGACACAUACGCAUGCACGUACACACAUACACACACUCAUUCUCACAGGCAUGCACACACACACACACACACACACACACACACACACACACACACACACACACACACACACACACACACACACACACACACACACACACACACACACACACACACACACACACACACACAUACUCUUUGCUAUCUUCUCCAGUCAACAUUGUCCCUCAUUCAUAUUGGCCCUUACCCUUUUCCUUUCAACACAUUUCAUAUCGACAGCAAAUGGAGACUUUUUUUUUAUUCCAGAAUAAUUUAAAGGUUUUUAAAGAUUCUGCUCUUUGGCUUUUAAUUUGGCUUGAAUUGAUAUGCUUACAUUGUAAAGACUAAGCUAUAACUCUGUAUGUUUCUCUGAGUUUAUUGAUGCACAAAGAGAGAAGUCUUGUAAGCGUCUGUAGGAUUGUACAGAACACAUUAUUUUAAAUGUUUUGUUUUCUGCAAAGAGUUUAUGAAUACAGUUUAUGAAGCUUUGCAGUGGGCCCAUUUAUGUAAAUGUUGUGAAAAAACAUGUAUGUUUCAGAUUCAUCCCUUUAUGUCGUUUUAGAAUUUACACACCGUUUGAUAAGAAAAAGUAAGAAAAUGUGUGGUAUUUCACAGAUGCACAAAUAUCACCUCCAAGACAUGCUAACCUCUCACCAUUACAAUAGCAAGGUAGGUUAGCAUUUUCUGGGGGGUAUGAUAUUUGUGCGUUUCUCACUCAUCAUUAUUCACAAUUCAUUCAGGACUAUCUGUAAUCAUGGUAGCAUCCACAUUAAUGUGGAAGUGUUUAGAAACAUAUUCUGUAAUUAUUUACAAUAAAAGUGACUCCAAAUGACACAACACAUUAUUUACCAUUAAUUUCUAUUGGGCGCAAAGUAAUCUGAAACACAACCAAAACAAACAGAAAAUGCUUGAUGUAAUCACUGUGUGCUAGGAAUAUGGGACCAAAUACUAAACUUUUGACUACUUUAAUACACAUAUAAGUAAAUUUGUCCCAAUGCUUUUGGUCCCCUAAAAUGGGGGUAAAAUGGGGGUAUGUAAAAAAAAAAAAGUGAUGUAAUUUCUAAACGUUCACCCAGUAUGGAUAAAAAUGCUCAAAUUAAAGCUGACAGUCUGCACCUUAAUCUCAUAGUCAUUGUAUCAUUUCAAAUCCAAAGUGCUGAAGUACAGAGACAAAACAACAACACAAAAUGUCAGUGUCCCAAUACUUUUGGAGCUCACUGUAUUUACACAUUUGAGAUAAUGCACAAAUUUCAUUGGGUGAUGAACCUCUAGAAGGUUCUACUUGUCUUACAAGAAUCUCUCAGUGGAUGAUGCAGAGGCUUGGGAGAGUGUCAGUUGAGAGGUUUGGAGUGUGUCAUUUGAGAGGCUUGGGAGGGUGUCAGUUGUGAGGCUUGGAAGGUGUCAGUUGUGAGGCUUGGAGGGUGUCAGUUGUGAGGCUUGGAGGGUGUCAGUUGUGAGGCUUGGAGGAUGUCAGUUGUGAGGCGUGGAGUGUCCCAGUUGAACUUUUUGAAACACAGUGUGUGAACUGCCAAAGAUACAGUGUUUGGAAUGCUGAAUAUAAAAUAUUCAACUCACCACUAUAAGUUAACACACAGAGGAAGUAGUUAUGAAGUGACAAUAUCGGUUUACUAAUAAUAUGUUGGUCUUAUAUUUUAAGGAUUUUAAGAAUGCUGAAGCAUAUCAAUCUUUGUAAUGUCUAAGGAUACGUUGGAAGUACAGUAUAUUAUGGCAUGUUUUAAGUUUAAUGAUUCAUUCCGUUAAAUAGUUAUGUUUGUAUGCCUGUGGGUUGUUUUUUAAACUGCUGGGAUUGAUUCAACUGUGCUUGAGUUUGUAAGAGUCCUUUUAAUAAAAAGAGAAUGCUUUAUGAUGAAA